AUGGAUAAAAAUUUAAAUAAAGUAGAAAGUGUCAAUACUGAUAAGAUUGAUAAAUAUUCUAUAGAAAUAGAUAGUGAUAAGGUUUAUAGUUAUGAAUAUAUACAGAAUAUAUCAUCCAAUUUGAAAACUAUUAAAGUAGAAAAUAUUUUAGAAAAGGACUAUGGAAAAUACCUAUCUAAUUUAUUAGAGCGAGAGUAUUCAAGAAAUAUGAUAUUUCAAAACUUAAAGAAUUCAUUAAAAGGUCACAUAACUACUUUUGAAAGUUUAGAUAAAUUCUAUAUAGAAUUCGUAAAAUCUCUAAUUAAUUUAAAUGAUAGAUGCUCUGAUGAAAAAUAUCAACCCAAAACUAAUCAAGAUAUUUUAGAUUUCAUCCAGGAAAUAAAAGAAAAACAUCAAGAUCUACAAAAUGGAGCAGUAGAAGGUUUAAAAAGCAUUAAAGAAGGUACAAAAAUAGAAGACCCACCUAUUAACUGGGAUGUAACAAAAGUUUCAAAUUUUUUUAAAUCUAAAAAAAUAGAUCCAAAACAUAUUAAAAUUAUGGAAAAACAUAAAAUUGAUGGAGAAGUUUUAAAGUUUAAGUAUGAAAAAAAUGAUUUUGAUGAUCUUAGAAAAUGUGGUAUGGUGAUUGGGGAAUUAACAAAAAUCAAAAUAAUUUCAGAAGAAUUAUUUGGAACUAAUUCUAGCAAAAUUGUUCAUGUGCGGGAAAAAAAUGGGAAGGAUUAUUUUUUAAAAAAAAAAAAAAUGGAUAGAAUUGAAAAAAUUUGUAAAGCUUUGGUGUCUGGUGGUGCCAUUUUAGCUGGCACGACUCUAUUAGUAGUGGGAGUUGUCCUUUCUCCUAUUACCUGUGGUAUGUCAAUAGUCGGUAUUGCGGCUGGAGUUGCUGCACUUUCCAUUGGUGUGGGUUCUAUAUUAGGAGGUGUUACAGGUGUAAUUUUAACUUCAAAAAUAAGUUAUAAAGAAACUAAAGAGGCCAUUCAACAAUUAGAAGAAUUAGAAAAAAUCAUUGGUACAAUGGUUAAAAUUGCAAAUUUGGGAGAAAAUAAAGAAAUUUCUACAAAACUUAUCCAAAACCUAACAAAUUUAAAGGAUAAACAAUUAGAUUUCAAUAAAAUAUUUUGUAAUAUUUGUCAUCAAAUGGUAAAUGAUCCUUUGAUUUUACCAUAUAAUGAUGCAAGUUUUAACUAUGAAAUUUAUUGUAAAGAAUGUAUUCAUGGACACUACAAAAAUAAUUGCACCAAUUCUUUUAAUGUUCCAUCUCCUUUUAAAAGAAUGUUUAACCUUCAAGAUUUAAUAGAGGUUUCUUAUGAAACAAAGAACAGAUUAGAACAAGCCAAAAAAGAUAUUGUAGAAAUCAAUAAAAAUCUAUUAGAUUUAGGUCUAUCAGAAUCUCUUGAUUAA